UGGGUUUCAAGCGCAUUUGAGGACGCUUUCUUCACCUGUGAAUAAUUCUCCAAACUCAUCCUCAUUCCUCGACCUCAACAAUCUUCUUCUUCAUCAAUUAUUCACCAUGAUGCAGAUCAGCUCCACCGUAUCAGCUCACAACCUCCACAAGUUCCAAGCAAUAAGAUGCCCCAGUUUCAAGUUCAGAUGCCAAGCUUCUUCUUCUUCCUUGAAACAACCCUCAAGCUUCUCUACCACCAUGAUCUCAACCGAGUCAAAUCGGUUGCACCUCGCCAACCUCGACAAGCUCCUCGAGAAUCAACAGCCUUUGGUUGCACCCACCCAACUCCACCACUAUCACCACCCGCAAGAACCCAUCAACAACAACGAUUCAAAGGAAAAGAAAGGAAGAAGCUUCCUUGAAGGUCUUAACCUGGCUCGGCUAUGGCCGGAGAUGAAAGCAACGGAGGAAAUGUCCCCGCGCCACCUCAAGCGCCUCCAGCGGUUGCUUUCCAAGACGGGGGAGUAUUCUCCGAGGAACAUCCUAGGCCGCCGGUGGAGAGAGUAUCACGGCAGCGACGACUGGAAAGGGAUGUUGGACCCUCUCGACGAGAAUCUCCGGCGAGAGGUCGUUCGCUACGGCGAAUUCGUGCAAGCCGCGUAUCAAGCCUUUCACUCCGACCCCGCCAUGUCAACGGAAGAGCCACCACAACCUCGGCACGUGGCGUUACCAGACAGGUCUUACAGAAUGACAAAGAGCCUCUAUGCCACGUCAUCCAUCGGUUUACCCAAAUGGGUCGAUGACGUGGCACCGGACCUCGGAUGGAUGACCCAGCGAUCAAGCUGGGUCGGGUACGUCGCCGUAUGCGAAGACAGAAGAGAGAUCGCACGGUUGGGACGGAGAGACAUCGUGAUCUCUCUCCGCGGAACCUCCACGUGUCUCGAAUGGGCAGAGAAUCUUAGGGCCCAAUUAACUGACAUGCCUGGAGAAGACAGUAACGAUUCAGAAGCCCAAGGCCAAGCCCAAGGAAAGGCCAAAGUGGAAUGCGGGUUCAUGAGCUUGUACAAGACAAGGGGGGCUCACGUGGCGAGCCUGGCCGAGUCGGUGGUGGAAGAAGUGAAACGGCUGGUUGAUCUUUACAAAGGCGAAGAGCUAAGCAUAACUGUGACGGGGCAUAGCCUAGGUGCGACACUAGCCUUGUUGGUGGCCGAUGAAAUUAGCACGUGCUGCCCAGAUAUGCCACCCGUGGCAGUUUUUUCCUUUGGUGGGCCUCGGGUGGGUAACAAGGCCUUUGGCGACCGUGUUACCGCGAAAAACGUGAAAGUACUUAGAAUAGUGAACUCUCAAGACGUGAUCACUAGGGUCCCUGGAAUCUUUGUGAGCGAAGAGCUUGAACAAAAAAUAAGGAACUCUAAAAUGAUGGACAUGUUGGAAGAGAACACGCCGUUGGCUUACUCGCACGUGGGAACUGAGCUGCGCGUGCACACCAAGAUGUCGCCCUAUUUGAAGCCCGAUGCUGACAUGGCAUGUUGCCAUGACUUGGAGGCUUACUUGCAUUUGGUGGAUGGGUUUUUGGCCUCUAAUUGUCCCUUCAGGGCAAACGCCAAGAGGAGUUUGGCAAGGUUAAUGCAAGAUCAGAGUUCUAAUGUAAAGAAGUUGUAUACUAGCAAGGCCAAGGCCUUGACUGUCAAUCUUACUAGACAGGGAUCUAUGUCUAUGUCUAAUUGUUUGCCUAGUCCAUCUUAAUGCAACUCAAAUGUGAAUAUCUUUUUUCUCAUCUUUUUUUCUUGUGCUUUAUUUUUACUCACUUCCCAAUUUCUCAAGCUACAAGGUCGCUUCAUGUAUGAUGCAGAAAAUAAUUCUUUUCUGUUCAUACCAUACCAAGUUAAGAAUGUCAAACUUUUCUCUUUGUUCCCUUCCAAGUUUAUUCUCAAAUUAGAGACCAAAGCCAUUCAUAACUACUUCCUACUCCUCUUCACAACUUCGUUUACACAAUUUAAAGGCUAAUAAGAUUUAUUUGCAAGAAGCUAAUGUCUCUGUUGUAGUCUAGUUGGUUAGGAUAUUCGGCUCUCACCCGAAAGACCUCGGUUCAAGUCCCGGCAACGGAAUUUUUUUUUUUGUUUUUUAAUUUUCUACAUGUGUAAAAUAUGAAGAAAAAACGGAGGCACCGACGAAAAUGAUUGUCCACUGCACAAACUCGUGUGGAAGUUGAAGACGAGGAGCACAAGCAGAUUUGUGAUGGGUGAGUGGCUGUGGAGAGUGCACUAAUUGGAGAUAUUGGCGUGCGAACGUGGAAAAGAUGAUUGGAGAAAGUUGAUGGAACGAGUGAGAGAGGGCAUUCACUUCCCAUCACACCCGUCUGUUUCUCAGUUCCUUUAGGUUACGUGGUUGUAUUCUCGAUAAAUUACGUGAGCAUCAAUGGGUGGCUUGGUUUUGUUUUAAAGUUGUAUUAAAUAUUUAGUAAAAAAUAUUAUCUUAAUAAAAAAAAACCUGUAGUUAGACAGCAAAAAGAAAUUACAAACAUAUUUUCGGUAUGUAUUUCAAAUUUAUUUUACUAAUUGGUACAACCACGUUCUUGUUGAUAAAUAUCUUUAAUAGUGUAUUAAGGCAAGAUUAUUGUUUUCAUGGACAAAUGAAAAAGGUAAAUUCUUAUCUCAUUAGAAGAAAGGAAAUGGAGGUUUUUUUUUUUUGUUCAGUUAACGGAGAAGGAGAAAAUAAAUAUUAAAUCGCGAAUUUGGUCUAUGAAUUUUAAAAAUAAAGUCAACAAUAGAUAUCCAUAAACAAUGCCAUGUCAUAAACCUCUCUUUGUCACCCACAUAACAACACCAUUACU